CCUCGGCCGCAGCCGCCGCGGUGGGAAGCGGGCUGAGGACGGUCGGGGGCCCGGAGACCAGCUCGCGGAGAACCUCAGACCGGGAGAGGCCGGGCUCGGCGGGCACCUGUCCAGGCGCCCGGGCUUCAGCGGCCGCGAUGCUGCCAGCAGCGCCGGGCCGGGCGGGCGGGAGUCGGGAAUGGCCCGCAGGCGGCCCAGCGCCCCGAGAAAAUGCAAAAGACAUCAUCAUGAUAUAUGAAGAAGAUGCUGAAGAAUGGGCUCUGUACUUGAGAGAAGUUUUUUCACAUGUUGUGAAAAGGGAAGCAAUCCUGUUAUAUCGCUUGGAGAAUUAUUCUCUUCGGGAUUUGGAAUUGCUAAAUUUAAACUCUUACAAGUGUAAACUUUUGAUAUUAUCAAAUAGCCUGCUUCAAAACCUAUCUUCAAAGAAAUGUCAGUUUCUAGAAAACAUACUGCAUUCGCCAGAAAGUGUGGUUACUCUGCUGUGUGGGAUGAAGAGUUCAGAUCAUCUUUACAAAUUAUUAAAUAUCUCCGGAGGCGGAUGGGAGAUCUCAACUGAGCAGGAGCCUGAAGACUACAUCUCUGUAAUCAAGAGUAUCGUAUUCAGAGGUUCUGAGGACUACCUUGAGGUCAUUAUUCCAACAGACCUAAGAGUGGAACAUUCUGGGCAAAUAAGUGAGAGAAAGGAAAUUGAAGAAUUAUCAGAAGCUUCCGGAAGCACCAUAUCACAGGCAGUGGUGCUUCCCGCUGAGAUUCCAUGUGAGAAUCCUGGUGAAAUAUUUAUUAUUUUGAGAGAUGAAGUAAUUGGUGAUUCUGUGGAGGUUGAAUUUACGUCAAAUAGUAAAUGCAUUAGAACACGGCCAGCUCUCUGGAAUAAGACAGUCUGGUGUAUGAAAGCUUUAGAUUUUCCUGCUGGCUCUGUCAAUGUCAGUGUCUACUGUGACGGAAUCAUUAAGGCCACAGCAGAGAUUACAUACUAUUCAACCCCAAAGGCUAUGAAAUGCCUAUUGGGAGCGGCAGGUCCAGGAGAUGGUGUGUACCAGAAUGACAUUGACGAACUUGAUCAUAUUCUCACAUCAACAUUCAAACAGGAGAUACCAUAUUAUGAGUUCCGAUCACUCCAAACUGAAAUCUACCCUCAAAAAGAAUAUUCUUAUUUCAAAGAACUUCCAACUCUUCUCCACUGUGCAGCAAAAUUUGGCUUAAAGAACUUGGCUAUUCAUUUGCUUCAAUGUUCAGGAGCAACUUGGGCAUCUAAGAUAAAAAAUUUGGAGGGUUCAGAUCCAGCACAUAUUGCUGAAAGGCAUGGUCACAAAGAACUCAAGAAAAUCUUGGAAGACUUUUCAAUCCAAGAAGUUAGCAGAAAUAAUGAGGAAGAAAAUGACUAUGAAGAGGAUAUUACCUCAUUUUCUACAUGUUCUCCUACAGCCAUACAGAACCCAGCUCUCCAUCAUGAAAGCUGGCGGCCGUACAGGCAGAGGGCCGAAGGAGCAGAGGUGAAUGAAACGGCAGAGGGAGAAAAAGAGCGUGAAUCAGGCGCGGAGGCCAAGCACCGCCCACCAGAGGUCGACAGUGGGAGUGAGAACCAGUACGAUGACUUGUACACGUUCAUUCCUGGAGACAACCCAGAAAAUAAUGCCCGAGAGCCCCUCGUGAGCAGCAGACCACCUCUCCCUCCACCGCGACCUGUAACAGCUGCCUUCCAACUGGAAAAACCUCACUUCACAUUACAAGCAGGGAAAACGUUGGAACGCCAAAUGGAAAGAAGCCAAAGUUGGUGUGAUUCCAGUGCAAGACAUGAAACAGGAGGUGAACCCAGAGGAGAGGAAGAACAGAAAGAAGAUGAAAAAGAUCAGGAAGAGGAGGAAGACCCGUACACUUUUGCUGAGAUUGAUGACAAUGAAUAUGACACGAUACUGGCCAAGAGGAGUACAAAGAAAAAGCUUGGAAGUCGGUCAUUCAUUAUGAACAGACCUCCUGCUCCCACACCACGACCCACAAACAUCCCUCCAAAAGAGGAAACUACACCUUAUAUAGCGCAAGUGUUUCAACAAAAGACUGCCAGAAGACAAUCUGAUGGUGACAAGUUCCAUGGUCCUAAGAAACAAGACAGAUCUCGGAUGGAGAGUCAAGCCUUUUCCACCAUAAGGGACUGCCUUGCUGCUGGGCAGGAGGAACUCAUCCUCCUGCAAGAGAAAGUCAAGAAUGGGAAACUCUCUGUGGACGAAGCCCUGGAGAAAUUUAAAUACUGGCAGAUGGGAAAGACUGGCCUGGAAAUAAUUCAGCAGGAAAAACUACGCCAACUACGAGAUUGCAUUAUUGGGAAAAGGCCAGAAGAAGAAAAUGUCUAUAAUAAGCUCACCAUUGUGCACCAUCCAAAUGGUAAUGAAAAUGCCCACAAUGAAAAUGUGUCAUAUAACAUACCCUUUGGCAAUAAGCUUCCUGCUCGACUCCAAGUUGAAAAGGAAUUUGGUUUCUGUUGCAGGAAAGAUCACUAAAGAAGGUUAUUAUAAUAAAACUCAAGAAUCUGCAGACACUUCUGGGUGAAGCAAGCUUGCAUUUGGAUUGCCUGCUGUCUUCAGGACAAAUCUAUACUAUGAAAGCAGAAGCAAGCUUUUGAAUUUCAGAAUUUGUUAUUGACACAAUUUAUUGGCAUUAUACCUGCUUCAGAUGAGUAUAUCAACAUUAAAAUUGAAUGCUGUAGAGCAAUUGCAUUCUUUGAAAAUUCUUGCGUUUUACAAUGCAUUUUGCCACUGAAGCAGCUAUUUCCCAUUUUUAAAAUUAAAGAAAAACAAGAGCAGAGAAGUUAAAUGCUCUGUAGCAAAGUUACUGGGCCUGUUUAAUGGGCUAACCUUAAUCGUUUACUCCCCGCUACACUUAGAAUAAGCAUAAAAAAUACAAAUUUGUUUUGUACAUAUUUGCUUUUCCAGUGGAUGGUCUAUUUUCUGAAUUUCUCACAUACAAAGCUCUAAUUAUUAUUGUCACAUCAUGUUUGCAGCAACCUUCCAUUUUUUAGAGCUUGUUUGCUUAUAACCUUGAGAACAUUAUUUUUUUAACUUUCUGUGUCUCAAAUUAAUAUACAUUUUCACAACCUAUAUUCUCUAUUAAAAGGCUUAUAAUUUCAUCAUCCCAUUUCUUAGAAGCAAUUUAUGAGCUUAGAAUAGAAUGCGGUUUUAUCAUUCUAUGAUUUCUACCCACAGUUGCUGCAAAGUAAAUAAAUGUUUAAAGCUAUGUCUGACUUUUCAAAAUAAAUGUAUGAGAAUUAACCACUAAGUUCUUCUGCUUACCAGUUUACAGAGAGAAGUCUACCAAAUAUUUUUUAAUUUCACUGUGUAGGGCCCAUAAAGUAAACACACAAAUGAUUUUUUUCUAGCUUCUAAACAGUGAUUUAUAGGGAUAUAUAUUUUAAGUGAUUCUGCAAAACAUUGCCCAUAAGUUUCUCAUGAUCAUUAACACUCUUAAGCUCAAGUUUUAAAAAAUAACAUAGUAGUUUGAUCAAUCCCUAGUAGAAGGUACUUCUUGAUUAUGACAUUUGGAAAUUUGGUCCGUAGUUUCACAUCUAAGCUUUCAAGAAAUGGAAUGCCCUUCCACAUACUGAGCCCCCAUUUCUAUGGAUUGUUCCACCCAAAGAGUCAUGAAAAGCAAUAGGAAAACCAACUGCUUUUCUAUAAUUUUCUUCAUCUAUAAAAUUCAAAUGGGUCUAUUAUCUCUAAAGUAAGAAUUUCCAUAUAGGCCUGUGACUGGUGCCUACAAUUCCACUGUCAACUUCAUUCUUAAUAAAAACAUGAAAUCCAGUAACAGGUAAAAUGUCAACUUUUCUAAUUACAAAGCAAUUAGAUCAUUUCUUACCUGAGACCCAAUUCAGGGUGGAAGUGGGAGAUAAAGCAUGAAUGUUAUUCAGUUUUUUAACAUGGAAAGAAAUCUAAAGUCAGCACCUCUAAGUUCUAUCCUUCUGAACUGGGCUAGUUUAGAAUAAAACCGUGGCAAAAAGCCCCUUUAAUAGUCUCUUUCCCUAGAUACUCUGGUCCUUGAAAUCUUAUUACUUUGUCAUCACAAAGAAAGGGAGGAAAAGAAACCAAAAAUAACUGAGGUCCUCCCUAUGACUCCUGAACCAUGGUCCCUCCCCUCCUUGACUUAUUAGGCUUGUCCAGAGCAUAGAAGACAGAUAGAGAAGUUUGGAGUUGGGGGAAUCAGAGAAGCUCACAUCAUGCCUGUUGCACUGAAGGAAGAGAUGAAAAGUAGAGAAAUGCAAAAGUGGAGGAAGGGUAAUCCAAAUUUAGGAAUGAUCCCAGAUAAGAAUAUCCAGAAGGAAGCAAUAUUUUUUAAUCUCUGGGCUUUAUUCUUAACAUACAGAAUACUGUCUAUCAAAUUUGAGCCACACUACAGAAGUUUUUUUUUAGUAAUGGAAGAGAUCAUAUGUCAGAAUCUUGACUAGUAGACUAGGAAGAUGUGAACUUUCCUUGGAGAUUUGGGGCAUUUGUCUAAGAGCCCUAGUCACUGCCAGAAAGGAAACACCUGUAUGGGAACUCUUCUGGAGAUUCUGUGCUGAUUCUGGAAGCCUGAGCAACCAGUAGGUAAUAAAAUACCUUAUCUUUCCUAUCUUCCCUUACUCAAUUUGGAUUUGUUCCCAAGCCAUUACUCUUAAUGUACACAAGAACCAGCCCCCUUCCUCUUAAACUUACUUGACUCUGACUUCUAGAGAAAUUUGGACUGGUAUUAAAUGUUAUCGAAAGAAUUUUAUGUUUAAAAUUAAUUCCCUUCUUUUCUACUUAGUUUUCUAGGAUAAAGAAGAAGAAGCAUCUAGACCAGUGGUUCUCAACUAGGGCAUCUGGCAAUAUCUGAAGGCACUUUUUAUUGUCAUGACUUCAGAGAAGGUGCUCUUGGCAUCUAGUGUGUAGAGACGAGGGGCGCUAAUGAACAUCCUAUAAACUACAAGACAAAAGAAAUGUCUUGUCCAGAAUGUCAACACUUCGAGGUUGGGAAACUCUGAUCUACACUAUAAAGUAAAAUGGGAUUAACACAUAAAAGAAUGUUCUUAAAAUAAAAACAGUUAACUUUAUAUGGAAUUUUCUGGAAGUGGAAACCUGUGUGGUAGCAUAAAUCAGUGUUUUUAUUUUGAAGUGCAUAUGGCGUAACUUAAAUGGACCAUUAAGUACUCAAAAGAAUGGAUGACUCAUACAUUUUUGUAAAUCAAACAUUAGAUUAUUCUACCAGUGGAGACUCCAAUUUUUAGAAAAUGAGACUGUUCUCAGUAUUGUUCUAAUGAAAAUGACCUUGUAACUUAAGUCAUUAUUAUAUCCUAUUCAUGCUCUAAGCACGUGCUCAUCUGAGUUCCUUCUUGUAAUGCUCAGGGGGUCUGAUUUUAAUAACUUGGACUUACCUGAAUUUUACUGCAUAUUGCUUUUCUAAAUGGGUAAAUAUUUAGGAAAGAGGUCUGCUCAUGAGCCUGAUCUAGUCACUCCCAGCUAAUUAGCACAGGGUUAGUAUGAGGCCCCCCUUGCAGUACUUUCUGUAACUGUACCUGACAACCAUACUUGUUGGCCUUCCUUAUUUUGUGGGGCUGACCUUUAAAGGCAGGGACUGCCACACAAAAGACGGCAAAAACAAGAUUCUAAAUACAAUAGACCUGG